AAGAAGUCUGUCCCGCUGAACUCGAAGCUUCCAGUGGUUAAGCCCGCAGAAAAACCGUCACCAUCGCCGAAGCCACACAUGAAGGAGAGGUCCUCCGAGGAUGAUGAUGCUCUACAAAUCGCUCACCAUGGGAUAAAUGCUGCUGUUCAUCUCCAUGAAAGUCCAGGAUCAACAGAAGUAGGUCGUCCCGCGGGCCCAGCGAGACCAGCGGAAGCAGCUCCUCCAGCCCAUAACGACGUCGGACCACCUGGAGAAAGAUUACGGGAAACAAAGACUAGAGCGCCGGGAACCGUCAUCGGAACAAGAAAGAUCCCAGAGCCUCCUGCUCCUUCAAAAACAAUACCAACAAGUUCAACACCAAAACUAACAGCGCCACCACCACCAACAACAACAACAACUCCUAGAAGGACAACAGAAUCAGACUUCGAUCGGGAAGACAAUAACGUUGACCUUCCGCCUCAGUUUGGCUCACGACCGUCAUUUAAUCUGGCGCCCUCAAAUGAACCUCCCGGUCUCAAUGACGAUUAUGAAGAGACAACAGUUUCGACGACCACUCGACGUCGCUUUGUGUACGUCACGAAGAAGCCCAGGCAUUUCUUCAUCUGA